AUGGCAUCGUACGAGCUGAAGGAUAGGCCGGUCUUUACCAAUGAAGCUGAUGAGGACAUUUUCGCAGGCGACAAUGAUGCGAUCCAGCUUCAGCGACUUGGAAAGAAGCCGGUGCUUAAGCGAAACUUUGGCGUUCUCUCGAUUCUUGGAUUGAGUUGUACUAUUCUCGCUACAUGGGAGGGAUUACUCGAUACAUUCACCAUUGCCUUGACGAAUGGCGGUUCUGCUGGCGCUGUCUACGCCUAUAUCUUUGCCUGGACAGGAACAGCAUGUUGCUUCUUAGUCUUGUCAGAAAUGGCAUCAAUGGCACCCACCUCGGGUGGCCAAUACCACUGGACCGCCAUGCUCGCACCAGCCCGCUACAUGAAGUUCCUAAGCUACAUUACAGGAUGGCUUGCAGUCAUUGGCUGGCAAACCGCUUUCGCUUCAGCAGCCUAUCUUUCUGGCACUGAGAUCCAAGGGGUGGCAAUCCUCGCAAACGAAGCCUACAAUGCUAUGUCGUACCAAGGCACCUUGAUCAUGUGGGCGACCUUGGUCGUCGCGCUCCUAUCCAACUUGGUCGGCGGCAGGUUUUUGCCCCGACUGGAAGGUUUCGUCCUGGUCAUUCACAUCUUGGGAUUCUUCGCUAUCAUCAUCCCUUUGACAUACAUGUCCGAUCACAAGACAGAUCGCGAAGUAUUCCUUGAAUUUCUAAAUGGCGGCAACUUUGCAACCCAGGGCUUGUCUUGGUUCGUCGGUCUUAGCGGCUGCGUCUUCGCAUUCGCCGGUGGAGAUGCUGCUGUCCACAUGGCCGAAGAAGUCGCGAACGCAUCAGUUGCGAUCCCUCGUGCAAUUAUGCUCAGUGUCUUGAUCAAUGGCAGUCUCGGGUUCGGAAUGUUAAUUGGAAUUCUCUACUGCGCAGGAGACAUCGACGCUGCUCUGAACUCUCCAACCGGGUACCCCUACAUCGAGAUAUUUUACCAGGGAACAGGCUCCCUGAGCGGUACAUUGGCCAUGUGCUCAAUACUCCUGAUUAUUGGUAUCGCUUCAUGUAUCGGUAUGCUGGCCGCCACCUCUCGUCAAUUCUGGUCCUUUGCAAGAGACCGUGGUGUUCCGGGAUGGCGCCUUUGGACCCAGAUAUCAUCCCGCCACCUACCUGUCUACUCAACUCUUCUGACCACCACCAUCGCCACUUUGCUCGGCCUGAUCAACAUCGGAUCGGACGUCGCGCUGAACGAUAUCCUCUCCAUGGCUGUGUCUGGAAUCUAUUCUUCCUACCUUAUUGCCGGAGGACUUUUAUUAUACCGCCGAUGUAAAGGUGAUAUCUCCCAAGAUAACGGAAGCGACGAAACGACCGUCAAUGUGCCUGGUGCGAAAUUGGUCUGGGGACCGUUCCACGUGCGCGGAAUUUGGGGUAUAUUGCUUAAUGGUUACGCAGUGAUCUACAUGAUAAUCGUUAUUUUCUUCAGUUAUUGGCCAUCUGAUAUGAACCCAAGCGUGCAGGAUAUGAACUACAGUGUUGUAGGUACGGUUGGGGUGGUUUUCUUGGCUAUUGUGUACUAUUUCGCACGGGCUAGACAUAUCUACCAGGGUCCUGUUUUGGAGACUUCGUGA